AUGCUGUUCCCGGCUGCUCAUCGGCCCAAGCGGUCUUCGUCCCUGCCAUUAAACCCUGUCCUGCAGACCUCUCUGGAGGAAGUGGAGCUGCUCUAUGAGUUCCUGCUAGCUGAGCUUGAGAUCAGCCCUGACCUGCUGAUCUCCAUCAAGGAUGAGGAGCUGGCCUCCUUGCGCAAGGCCUCGGACUUCCACGCUGUCUGCAAUGAUGUGAUCCCCAAACGCAUUCCAGACAUCCGCCGGCUCAGUGCCAGUCUCUCCAGCCAUCCUGGCAUCCUCAAGAAGGAAGACUUCGAAAGGACAGUGCUGACCCUGGCCUACACAGCCUACCGCACAGCCCUGGCCCAUGGUUAUCAGAGGGACAUCUGGGCCCAGGCCCUUGUCAGCCUCUUUCAGGCCCUAAGGCAAGACUUGAUGCGGUCCUCACAGCCAGGGGUGCCCCUCUGA